UGGCGGCAGUGAGACAGCACGUGUUGGCUGCGCGUACUUUGCGCCAGUUAACCAAUUUAGUGUGUGUGCCCUAGCAUCCCCAGGCUGCCGGUAAACUUGUGUGGAAAUCAUCCGUGCUAUGUGGGUCAUUUAGCGAGAACCCAUUGGCAGAGAGUGUGAGGCAACUCAUUGAAGGAGAUCGCGCUGGUCGUACUCGCACAGAACUCGUGCAAAAUGCCGGCGGAAACGGAAAACCCAGCCGAUUAUUACAAGAACGUAACUUUUUCGCCGACGAGCGUCAACGGUGAAGCGAAGAAGCCUGCUGGUAAUACCAGGAAAAGCACGGGUGAAUAUACUUCUGAGAAAACCGAAAAGCCAGCACCUGAACGUGACGAAGCUUGUGUUGAAGCCAAGAAGCCACGCCUUGAAGACUCCUCGGAGCUGGAGGAUGUGAGGGUGCCCCGUGAGGUAGAGCUGUUUCGGUUCCUGGGCGGCCGAGCGGAUGAGAUUGCCUCCCUGGUGAAGGAUGUGGAGCGCAAGUACCCCAAGCUCAUCUCGCAGCAGGUGCCUCGGCACAUGCGGAGACGCACGGUCAGCCAUGACAAGCGCCGCCUGCCCAAGCGCCUGCAGCUGAAGAUUGCACAUGAGCCUGAUCCACCCAAGAGCAAACGGCCCAGCCGCAAGCACCGCCGUCGGCCACGCAAUCUGCUGGCCGAGUAUGCGCGGCGUCAGCGACGCCACGUCUGGCUUGAGACUCACAUAUGGCAUGCAAAGCGGUUCAAGAUGGCCGACUUGUGGGGGUACCGUGUACCCCUCCAUCCAACGGACAAGGGCAUCAGGGCAGCCUAUCGAGGCAGUGCGAAACACGUAUUGCUCCAUGACUUGUCUUAUUACAACUGUAUCGAGCUGAUCGGCAAUGAAGAAACACUCGUCUCCAGGCUUGCACUCUUGACGAACGCAGAUGCAGGUCUCACAUGCGGAGCCAAGUCCUAUCUUCCUGGAACUCGUGAAGGCACAGUGGUGUUGUACCACCGCAAUUGCUACCCAUUCGGUGCCAUUGGACCAGCCAAAUUUCUGUGGCGUGCCUGCGUUAGUCAUAACAAUGACACCAAUAACGAUCGCCAGCUGUGGCUUUGGGUACACCCUACCAUUCAUGGUGAGGUGACCGAAGAACUGGUGUCAGUGUUUCAGCUUCAAAGGGUGAAAGCAUGCACUGGGGGGACUGCAGAUUCGAAGGUGCGAGACUCAGACGUGAGCAUUCAAAUGCCCACUUCAGCUUGCGAUUUGAAGCGUGUGAAGUUUGAAGAGUUGACACCCAAGUUGAAGGCAAAAGAAACCAAUAGUUUGAACGAAAUAACCAAACCUGUCCAAUCAUCGGCACAGCUAGCAGUUUCCGCAGGUCAGGCGAAGUCUGAAACGAAAAGGCAGACAAGCGAAACCCAAAAAGGACAGAAACGGACAUCGAGAAAGAAACGUGCGGAGGCACCGAAAAGAAGAAAAUUGGAAGAAAGGAAGGCAUCUUCCAGGGUUGUCGAAGACAAAGAAGAUAUGGAAAAAAGCAUCUCGAUGGCCGAGGUGGUGCAGCUGCCAGUGUACACGAACGGUUCGGUGACCAUGGUGCAGCUCAAGGAACAGAUAGUGAGGUUCUCAUUGACGGGACCACUGGCAACGGGAGUUGUCCUCAACGCGCUCGUGCCUUCCAGGGAGGCCUCGUUGCCUGAGACAGAGACAUGGUGGACCAAGCGAGCCGCGGAGAAGCAGGCACAAGAGGCAGGCUGGGAGUUGUUGCAGGCGGAAGACGCCGAGUGCGAGCAAGCGCUGCUUCCUCGUGUCCUGGGUCGGACCGUCAGGGACCCGCGGAUCCUGCUGCCGGCCUGCAAGACCAAGGUGACUGGCCACUGCCCACCAGACAAACACACUGAGCUGCCCCUGGUUCCUCAGGCAAGUGACUCUGCCCUGUGGGACCCACUACUGCGCGAUGCGGUGUCGUCCCAGAAGGUGUCGGAGGGCGAACUGAACAGACAGAGAUCGCAGAACCCCAAGCCAGGUACCCUACUCGAUCUGGGAGACGCUGAAUCUCGCAUUCCCGUCGUGGCCAUUCGGAAGGACGGCUCCCGAACAAACUUAGGUUUUGGCAGUGGGUGGGAUCUGAUCUUGCCAGCCGGCUGGGGUCGUCCGUUUUGGAUUGCCCUGGUUUAUCGGGGUGCCCGGGCGUGUGGCCUGCGGGAACUGCGAAGCCUCUCGCUGGAGAUGGGCCUGCCCUGCUUUCCCUUCGAUCACCCAGACACGGCCGCCACUCGGCUGUCUGAGGAGGAGAACCGCCGGGAGCUGAUGACGAAGCAUCUGCGGUACCCUCCGGACAAGCGGCCGUCGUUCCAGAAGCUGCGCAUCUCGUGCCCUUUCUUCUUCCCGUGGUCACAACUGGUCCACGAGUGGCGUACCUUGGACCAGUCCAGUGCCGACAACGUCGGACACGACGAUGGUUCCACCUUCUACGUCCUCAGAAGCCGCAAAGUGCUCAGGAGGCUGGCGGCCAUCUUCACAGAUGCCAACAAGAAGCGGAAAAAGAUCACGCUGUCAGCGACGACUGCGUCCAAGCAGCUGGACGACAUUCGCGUCACAGCCAAGGCAGCGAAGCUGGAUCUCUCACACGCACUCGUCUGCGUAGAACUCACCAGCUGUUCGAGAGGAGUUCCAAAGCGUUUCGACUCCAUCUCCAUGCCCAGUGCGGAAGACGUCCUGGCGCUUAAGAACAGUGGUUCUGCCGAAUCGGCGAAAGCACCUUGCGAGAGCCUCAGGAAGUUGAAGAAACUGAAGGACCCCAAAGAGAAGAAGAGGAAAGUGCCCAGGCCUUCGGUUGAAGAGUUGUUGGCUAGGCCGACCGUGAGCAGUGUGGUGAAGAGCUGCUCAAGACUUCUUUUCGGGGGUGUGGUGAGCGGAGACUAUUGUUUCUCGUCAGCGUGUGGUAGGGGACUUGGUUACUGUACAUUCGAAGGACUUGUGCGUCUCAUUGAGACCUCCGCUUCGGCCGGUGUUAGGCCACUCGUAUUGUUCAGGCAUCAGCAUUCGGUUCAGUACAGGUAUGCAGCUUUACGUGUGCUAGAAGAGUGCUAAGGCUUGACUUGGCAUAACUUGAGGUCGCAGAAUCAUUGAACUUUCAUGUAAAUAGGAAGCACUUUCUCAUUCGGGAAUCACUGAUUUCAUUGCGUGCCUUUUCAUCUGAUGCUGACUUGGCUGUCAGAUUAAUGCAUCACUUUUUGUAUUGUAACACGUCAAAGCGUGGGACCCUGUAAUAUAGUUUGUUGCUUGAGCUUCCGGAUAUCAUGGUUUUGUCUUGCAUAAGAAAAGUGUACAACUGUCAUAAGGACUUACUUGUGCAGUUGUUCUGUUACAACUAACCGAAGUUGUAACAUCUCAACGGACAUCUUGUGAAAUUGUUUCUCUAUGCUUUGUUGUUGCAAUAAUUUAAAAAGGUAUGUGUUAGUGUAUGACCAAUUUGUGAUUUUUCGACAGGAACUCUACGAUGCACUUGCUGAGCGUAUUUGAAUAACUUUAUUUUUGUGACUUAAGUUGACAAAGCUUCUCACGAAAUAAAAGUGGCACUGCUUUUUUUGUUUAGUUUUGCACUGCAAUGUUCGUAUUGCAUUGUGUGUAACAUUGGGACAUGUGUACCAUCACUGUAAAAUGAAAGGUGAACAGGAAUAACUGCUCAGAAUGCCUGCUCUGCAAUUUGUAGGGUGGUAUGUCAUGUUGUGGUCAAUUUGUAAGCACAGAAUGGUCAGAUGUACUGAACAGCAAACAAGUGACAGCAGAUACUACAA